AUGUUACGAAUUAAGAAUAAUUGGAAAAUUAUUUGAUUCUGUGAAUUUGGGUUAAUAUUGCAGAGAGAGUAAUGCCCUCUAUCGUAAAUGCUAGCAAUUUAGCAUUGAGAUGAGCUUUAUUUAUUUACUAUCAGAAGCAAACUUUUCUAUAAUAUAAUUAUUAGUACAUAGCUUUUUUCUCCUAUUAUAAACAUUAAUUCUGUUGUAAAAGGUAGGAGCAGCUAUGUCUAAUGAGGAGCGUUUGAGGAAGUUAUUAUCUGACUUAGGUAAAGCUACAUUACGUGGAAUUCGUAAAUGCCCAAAAUGUGGAACUUAUAAUGGAUCUCGUGGUUUGUGUUGUAAAAACAAAUAUUGUGAUGCUGUAUUUAAGGAACCUGGUGAAAAAAGGAAACUAUCAACAGAAGCAUGUAAGCUUAUUACAGGCACAACUGCUCAAGUUUUUUCUGUUAGAGUACGUGAUAAAGGCCCAGACUAUCGUGGAUUUGUUCAAUUACCACUGAUAAAUGCCACAAUUUCUAAUGAAAUGAUAACACUUAUUUCACAAUCCACUGCGUUAUGUUUUGUUGAUAGUUGUGAAAGAAGUUUUGAUACUAGUGUUCUUAAAUGUCAUGAAAAGAAUUCGUCCGAUACGCCUGUCUCUGCAUGUCAACAUAUACAGGCUGCCUUAAGAUGCUAUGCAGAGGCACAGCCAUUAACUUUAAGGAACUCUAUUCUAUCAUCUUUAAAUGUAAAUAAUGAAAUGAAACAAGAAAUUUGGUUACUUGCUACUGAAACUUCAGGGCCUUUAGUACAACGAGUGUCCAAAAAUAUAAUGGCAGUCAAAUGCAAAGCUUCACCAAAACAUCCAUUAGGUUACCUUCAUUUUUCUCUCUUUGUUACAAAAUUGAAAGAUAGAAUUGAACAUCGUUAUUUUUGUUCUUGUUCCACAUUUAAAGGCAUAGGGAAAACAACAGGAGAUAAACCAGAUGUGGCACAGUCCUCUCAGAAUAAGCGUUGUGUACAUUUUUAUGCUUGUAUUUGUGCAUUUGCUAGCGAUACAAAAUUAUCAGAAGAAUUUAGUUAUUAUAUUAACUUAGAUCAGAAUGAUUUAAGUGUAUCGAAACCACUAACAACAGUGUUACAAAACGAUGAACAAGAUAAAAUAGUAGGCAUUGAUCUUGAUGGUUUAACAACGGAUGAUACAGAUACACAUCUUUUAAUAUUUCGAGAUGACACUUUAACAGUUCAAAGCUUAGAUGGAAAUAGAUUAGAUUUGGAUUCAAUGAAUUUAGAAUCUACAAUUCUACCACAUAGUAUUGUUGAAAAUAUUGGAGUAGAAUGUGAUCGUACCUUAUUAGAAGAUAAUAAUAUGGUAUCACAAGUGAAUAAUUUAGAAGUAAUUAAUGAAAAUGGUGUACAACUUGGUGGAAAUACCGUUAAGAUAAUGGAUGAUCAGACAAGCAUGGAUUCUAAAUAUAAUGUGCUUAAUAAUAGCCAAUAUAUAUUAAAUGAUAAUAUAAAGAUAUUAAAUACUGGAACAUUGAAAGUUCUUGAUACAAAUGCUAUUUUAGAUGUAAAUAACAUGAAAAUAAUUGAUACUAAUACUGUUUCAAAUACUACUGGUGUAAAAAUAGUAGAUAAAAACAUGUUAGUACAAUAUGAUACUGGCAGUAUAUCAAAUACGGAAAGUAAUAGUAUAACACAGCCAAUUUCAACAAAGCGAAAAAGAGAUGAUAAACCAACAAGCACAAACACCACAAGUCUGAAUAAUUUAAGUUCAAUAGAACCAAGAAAAGCUAAAACAAAAUUACAUAUUGUUAAGAAGUAUCAAAAUCCUUGUGAAGAUUUGGAUGAAGCUAAUAUACAUUUACCUUUCAUUAAAUGGCUUGCAUCGAUAACAGAAAGAAUAAAUCAAACUAUGCAUUUUCAAUUCGAUGGAAAACCAGAUCCUUUAGUAUUUCAUGUACCACAAAUAUUUUUUGAUUGUUUACGAGAAAGGAUAUCAUGUGGUGGCAAAAAGAAACGUUUGCCAAAUUCAACAACGGCAUUUGUUAGAAAAGAUGGUGUACCGUUAGGUACAUUUACCAAAUAUACGUGGCAAAUUACUAAUAUUUUACAUGUCAAAAGUAUUUUUGAGACGCCUCUUAUACCUUUGGAAAUCACAAGAAGUUUUGUUCAAAAUGCAGAUGGUACAUAUGAAUUGUAUAAAAGAGAAGAAACGGAAAUAGAUAGAUACAAAAAAACCAAUAAUAACGCAUUAAUUAAACCCUUAGAAUUAAAAACGUAUUUGAAAGUUGGAAAUACUUCUCCAAAUCAAGUUGAACCAACACCAUUUUUGAUAGAAUGGAUACCAGAUAUUUUACCAAUAUCAAAAAUUGGUGAACUUAGAAUUAGAUUUGAAUUUGGUCAUGUAAAAAAUGAGACAAACCAUAGAUGGAGGAAAAUAGCCCUACUAAAAAAUUAUUAAAUUUUGUAUAUUUGUAUUUAUACUAUCAAAUUUUCACUUUCCUAUCAUUGAUCAAAUAAGAUACAAGAUCUUUUGAGAAAAUGUUAUCACUGGACAAAAACAAACUAAAAAUCAUUUCAUAAAUAAUUUGCUAUAUUUUGAAUACUAAAUAAUUUAGCAUAUAAAAUUUUUGUUAAAAGAUGGCAAUGAAAAAAAUGCUUUAAACAAUGUGAUUGCAUCACAUUACACUUUUUUAUUACUUUACAUGUGAUUAAAUGUGAUUAAAGAACCUGUAAGCAAUUUUUGUUUGGAAAUAGUUUCUAAAUUAAUUUUAAAGAAUUAAAGACUGAUCUUAUUUUAUUGUAUCUUUUUAUAAAGGUAAACAUUAGAGAAAUAAAGAUUUCUUAUAGAAUAAAUGAUUCAUAUUUUCAUGAUAUGAUUAUAUCAUAUCGCAUUGCAAAAUCAGUAUCUUCUGUGCAUUGAUGAAUACAUGAUACAAUAUAUUUGUUAAUUAAUUUAUUGGACGUAAAUAUAGCAAAGAUUAUGUUAUUAUUAUUGUCAACAGUGUGCUAAAUUAUUAUUGUAUAAGAAUGUGAUAUAUUGUAAAUAUAUACUUUAGAUCGAAUGCUGUUAUGUAAGAGCCAAAACGUAUUUACAUUAUUUAACGAAACUUCCUUUGUUUGAAUCUUAAAAUAAAUUAUGUAUCUAAAAUA